CGCCGACACCUACCGGACGUACCAACAACCACAAAAAAAAAAAAAGAAACUCGCCGUUUUUGGUCGAAUAUAACGUAUAUUAGGCCCCAGCAAGAAAAUUCAACAAUCAAGACGACGAGAUCGACGGUUCUUUGUACACGAAGUAGCAGUAUUGGUCAACUCAAGCCACCAGAAAAAUUACCAGCAACGGCAGCCAGAUCAGCAAGUCACAAGAGUACCGGGAGGGAUCACAUUUAUCACGAACGAGAACCUUGAGGCUCACCAAUUCAGAUAUCCCGUGUGAAGAAGAUCGACUAGCGAUUCAGGAAGGAAGACAGAGAGUACGAAACGAAGAAGAUGGACAAUUCGCGGGACAUUAGAGAAGAAGAUCGAGCCAGGCUUGCAGAUGGUGAGGUACAAGAAGUAACAAUUCAUGAUGGUGCUCAUGAUCAUCGGUCGACGGACAACGAGACUCGGCGACUAAUUAUAUUGCCGAUGGAGGCUCCGAGGGACGGGCCUUUGAGUGGGAAUCGUAGUUCGGCUCAUCAGACCCACCCGACAUCGUUCGUUCGCCCCAGUAACACAACCGUCGAUCCCGGCCAUUUGAUCACUCCUUCUCCUGUCGACCCGUCAUUGCUUCCCAAUGUUUCCCAGACCGGACACUUGCACAGUCGAAACCUCUCUGCAAACCGCUUCUCCACUAAUCCUAUUGCUCAUCCUUCAUCAAACUCAACCAACCAACACCACCUCCACCACCAACAACAACCAUCUCUCACUCUCAACCAACCCAUCCUCAACCUGGAUCCUGAAUCAAACCAACAACAACAACAACCAAACCACCAGACUCGACCUCAAAACGAUUCACAUCAAAGGCCAUCCAAACGACCCCGAUACGCUAUCGGCAUGCAAUCCAACCAUCAGAAUCAGAAUAAUAAUAAUAACACCAACAAUCUCACAUCAUCAUCAUCAUCAUCAUCAUCCAACCAACCCCCACUCUAUUCGGAUGACGAGGAUGAUGAGAUGUCAGAAGCCAGACCAGCAAACUCAUCAAUCAUCAACAACAUCAACAACAAUCACUCUUCAACAUCCCGACCACAGCACUCCAAGUCACCCAAUAAUCCAACCAUCCAUCCCCCUCAAGACUUACAAUCCCUACUCAAGAACUUCUCGGACGGUCUUCGUGCAUUAGCACCUCGUCUGAUAUCAUCAUCACCAGCAGCGCCCGACGGUCAUCAGUCGCUGAAUCCGGACUCCCAAGUCGAUCAGCCCAAUCAAUCGCAUCCUCUUCCUCAUCCCUUGCAUCCCCCAUGGCCUAUGAUAUCCGAUAUCGAUCGGGAAGAGAUCGUCAGAUUACUUCUGCAAAGUCUCAAGGAGAUCGGCUAUCCAGCUGCAGCCAUGACAUUAGAGGUCGAAUCUGGUUUCUCACUCGAUCCAAGCCCAGAGAUUACUUCGUUCAGACAAAACGUACUGAAUGGAAAGUGGCUCGAGGUGGACGAACUACUCCAGAAGGAAUAUCUCAAGUACUGCGAUCACUCUCAAAUCAGCUCUUCCCCUCUCUCGCCCGUGUACAAUAAACAUGACAGCUGCGAUAAUAGGAUUACUAAAAGUCUGUUCGGAGUGGAUGUUCAUGUCUUGAAAUUGGCCAGGUUUCUGGUGAUUCAAGAAAAAUAUCUCGAGCUCUUAGAAUCUCGUCAAAUUCGAAAGGCGCUCGUAGUCUUGAGAAGUGAGAUAGCCCCCUUAGUCACCCCGCCCAGUCAGAACGGUUCGACUCCAAACAUCAAAUCAAAAUCAUCUAUCUCCGGCAUCGGCCUGUCGUUCAAUGACAAACUAUCCUCUCCCACCGGGAACGGUGCCCUAACAGGAUGGACAAACAAUCAGGACGACGAUCCGGGUGUUCAGAGGCUCUGUCUCUUGAGCUCUUUAAUGAUGUGUGGGACUAGUGAUGAAGUUCGUGAAAGGGCGGAAUGGGAUGGAGUGGCUAAUGGCAGUCGAGUGAAACUUUUGGAAGAGCUACAAGAAUUAAUACCCCCACAGAAGUUACUUCCACAUCAAAGAUUGCCGCAUCUACUAGAACAAUCGAAGACCUUACAACGAUUGCAAUGUUUAUAUCACGUCACGAAUCCGAAGAUCUCGUUAUUAUCCAACCAUACUUGUAGUCGAUCUGCAUUCCCAACGGAGACUAGUCAUGUGUUAUCUCGCCAUACCGACGAGGUUUGGAGGAUCGAAUGGGCGCAUGAUGGCCGUCGAUUAGCCUCCGCUGACCGCGCUAAGACUUGUAUCAUUUGGAAAGUCAAAUCCAAUCCGGCUGCGUCUUCUUCUUCCGCCUCAAAUCCCGUCGGCUCCAAUCGUGAUUCCCCUAGAAUGCCUAGGUCUUCUCGCUUCUCUGGCCCUUCUUCUCCCGACAAAAAACCUUCCUCUCGACGAACUCAGUUGGGCUCACAAGAUGAGGAGCUCGAGUUCGAAGUCGAUCUCGUCUUGGAUCGUCAUCCGGCUGGGAUCGCUUGUAUUGCUUGGUCUCCAGAUGACAGCGUACUCUUGACCGGAUCAGAUUCUACGAUCACCAUGUGGAAUACUCGGACGGGUGAUUGUAUUGCUACUAUGGUUAAACAUGCCUAUGAUGUCGGUGCGUUGUCUUGGUUACCUGAUGGAAGAAGCUUUGUCUCGGGAGGAUUAGAUACCAAUGUUUUAUUUUGGGAUUUGAAAGGACAGAACACGUAUAAAUGGCAAGUCGGGCCGACGCGAAUCAACGACUUAGCAGUCUCGCCAGACGGCAAAAGACUAGUAGUUAUUGGGACCGCUGCUGUCGAUCCUUCCGAUGAUCAUCAUUCGGCCUCGGCUCAGGAAUCUGCAAAUCCCGCGCACUCGGUCGACGAUUCUCCUGCAAGACUCCAUCAUCAGUCUCAAUCUGCUCUUCUUGAUAAUCAUCGCUCUAGUCAUGCUACUGCUACCCCUACUGCUGCUGCUGCUGCUUCUGGAGAUUCUGGUAAACAGGGUCGGAUACAUAUCUUUAACAUCCCCGAAAAAAGACAGAUCGCGAUGAUCCCGUUGAGUCCUGAUUUGACCUGUGUUUCUAUUUCGGAUGAUUCGAAAUAUGCUUUAAUUAAUCAAUCACCUAAUCAAGUCUUACUAUAUUCAUUAGAAGAACAAAAACUGAUCCGAAGAUAUGUAGGCCAAAAGCAAGGGCGCUUCAUAAUCAGAAGUUGCUUUGGAGGCUUAGAUCGGAACUUCGUCCUGAGUGGAAGUGAGGAUGGGAAGAUCUAUGUGUGGCACAUGGAGACGGGCGCGUUGAUUGAAGUGCUUGCGGGGCAUGGCGAAGGGACUGUAAAUGCGGUCGCUUGGAAUUCGGUCGAUCCACCUCUGUUCGCCAGCGCCAGUGAUGAUCACACGGUCCGGAUCUGGCAAGCUCCUAAUGAUAAACGAUCUUCAACUACUCCUGCCAUCGAUCAUCAUCAUCCUUCUUCGUCUUCCAAGGAAACCUCAAACGGGGACGGUAUCCUUCCUAACACUAAUAACCAUCAGAAUAUCCUCGAGCUUCUUAAUCAUCAUCAUCAUCCUCAUUCCCCGCCCCCUCCCCCUCCUCCUCCUGACCCCGUGGAUCUUGCUCACAUCCAUCAGCAUCCGGAUCCUGAUGAUCUUGAUGAUCACGAUCAUCUUGAACAGCCUCUUCUUAUCGAAAGUCUUGAUCAUGAUCUUGAUGAUCAACAUGAAACUAUUUAUUAA